AUGGGAUUAAGCGGUGAUAGCUUGGAGGCGAGGUCUUGGGAGGUGGGAAAAUCAGAGGGGAGGAAUAAGAAGAAUGGUGAUGCUGAGGUGAAGACUGGGUGUUGGAUUAAGUUGAGAUAUAUUGGGAGCUGUAUUUCUUCCAGAUCAAAAGUUUAUAGCUCACUUAGUGGCAUCAGCACUCACGAUCAAAAUUUGAUAGCUCACUUAGUGGCAUCAGCACUCAUGGCCCAAAAAGAAGGAAAAAAGGAUGGAGUGGAUAGUGAAAAUGGUCAUAUAAGAGAGAAAGGAAGGGUUGGGAGGAAUGAAAUGGCACUGCUUGAGGUGGUUACAGAGGAAGAUGUCAGUGAAUGGGAGGACAUGAGUAGUUUGUUAGGGAAGGAAUUUGCCAAAAAAUGGAAGGGACCGACAAGGUUGCUGCUUUUAGAUGAGCGGUACUCGAAUAUCAGGACUAGGGAAUUGCCUGAGAGUAUAAAGGUUUAUGCCUUGCAACACUUUGAUCUUUGCCUGUUGCUUUAUUUGUGGGCUCUUUGUAUUGAUAGGGGCGACCCUAUUCUUUUCAUAGUUAUGUUUAUCAUGGUUACUCUUAAACUAUUAGACAUGAAAGUUAGAAUGAUUGGCAUGGAGCAGAAUUAA